UGCAGCGGCAGCCUGCGCAGCCGGCUCGCCUCCAGCCACAGCCAGGCCACCAUUACCAGCCACACUCACUCUGCCGGCAGCUUCCGCAAAGACCCGCAACGAGCGCGGUCGGCGUCCGGCGUGGCGGCGGCGCUGCACGACGACGAGGAGACGUGUCCGGCGAUCUGCGAGCGCGACAUGUUCAGCCUGCACCGCAACAUCCCGGCGCUGCGGCGGCGCGACGUGGACACGGCGGCCAUCCGGCAGCACUACUACCCCGAAGGCGGCUGGGGCUGGGUCGUCUGCGCCGCCGGCUUCCUCGCGCGACUCCUCGCCGCCGCCGCGCAGUUCGCCUUCGGCCUGCUCUACCUCUACGCCGUGCACCACCUCGCCGACAAGGGCCGCGUCCUGCCCGCGUGGCUGGGCGCGCUGAGCGCGGCCAUGUCGCUGCUGGCAGCGCCCCUGGCGGUGGCGCUGUGCAGGCGCAAGUGGACGCGCCUCUCCGCCGUGCUGGCCGGGCUAGUCAUGGCGCUCGGCUGCCUCUUCGCCUCCUUCGCCAUGCAACUGCACCAGCUCCUGGUCAGCUACGGACUGCUGCUGGGGGCAGCGAGCGGCCUGGUGCGGGAGACGGCGUCGCUGACUCUGGGCCACUACUUCCGGCGGCGCCGCGAGUUCGUCGAGAUGCUGAUGCAGGCGGGCGCCGGCGUGGGAAUCGCGCUCUUCUCCGUCUUCUACUGGGAGGCCAUCGGGCAGUGGGGCUGGCGCCUGGGACUGCAGGCCGUCACGGUGCUGCUGUGCGCCGCCUUCUUCCUGGGCAUGCUGUACCGCUCGGCGUCCAUGUACCACCCGCAGCGGCGCGCCAUCCAGCACCUGAAGAACCAGCGCAAGAAGGUCAAGCUGAAGAAGACGCCACAACACCGCCAGCCCAAGCAGCCCUUCUUCGACCUGACGCCGCUGCGCAUCCGCGCCGUGCAGCUGCUCAUGCUGGCCGCCGCCGUCGCUGCCUUCGGAGUCUACUCACCACUAUUCUACCUGGCCCUGCAAGGUCAGCGCGAGGGCCUGGACGAGCGGGCGCUGGUGCUUCUGCAGACUUUCCUGGGCUGCGCCACGGCCCUGGGCUGCGUGGGCUUUGGGCUGAUGGUGGUGCGCGCCAGUGACCAGUGCCUCGUCUCCAGGCAGUACCUCUGCCAGGCCGCCAUGGUCGGCAUCGGCGUGUCUCUGCUGGCGCUGGGCUCAGUGGAGGGCUACCACGGCUACGUGCUGAUCGUGUGGCUGUACGGCGUCUGCCUGGGCGGCUUCGUCUACUCGUUCAAGGUGUUCGCCAUGGAGUGCGUGCGCUCCCGCUACUUCGCGCGCGCCUGGGGCUUCGUGCAGGGCGCCGAGGCGGUGCCGCUGCUGGUCGGCGUGCCCGUCACCGGCUACAUCAACCAGAACCACCCGCAGGCGGGCUACUACUUCUCGAUGGCGGCCACGCUGGCCGGCGCGGCGCUGCUGUUCGUGGUGGGCGGCGGGUCGCGGCGCGGCUGGGACUCCGUGCCCGGCGGCUGCGGCGCGCUGCCGGACGGCCCCCUGGCCGCCGCCGCCCCCGCGCCGCUCAGCAUGUCUUUCGGCACGCCGCUGGACCUGCCGCCCCCGGACGACAUCCUGUGGCGGCCCGUGCGGUCGUGUCGCAGCGAGCCCGAGAGCCUGGGCCGCCCGCCGCCGCCCGCCGCCGCCGCCUUCACCGUCGUCGAGCAGAUCACCACCUGCGUCUGA